GCCGCCAUUCAGAGUCCCUGUGGGAGGGGUCAGAUGUGCGCCAGAUCAGAUCCUCGGUCCAACCCGAGACGGAACCCUCACUUUGAGACGAAGGGAGCUGGAACACCAGUGGAACUUUUUCACCAUGAAGAUAGCACUUUACCUGGGAGUCUGCAUGGCCGCCUGGACCCUGACUCGGGCAGACGAUGCCGCACCAAAAGCGGAGAAUGUUCGCUGGAUGUCCUUGGACUUUAAAACCAUCCUCCUGUGGACCUCACCACCUUCACACUACACCUUCACUGUCAAGUACUCAUGGGAUGACGGAGACUGGAUGGAGAGUCCAAACUGCAUCACGAUAUCAGAGCGAGAAUGUGAUUUGUCUCUGGAUCUGGAACCGAUUGAUAGGAUCUUCACUGCUGACGUGCUGACUGAACCUGAGAGUGAUGAACACCUGCUGGAUGAACUGCCGCACACAUACUCGCCUCCCUUCAACCCCUACACGCAAAGCGAGAUCAGCGCGGCGGAGUUCCAUGUGGAGGUGUUGGAAGAAGGCCGGGUGAGCGUGCUCAUCCAAGAUCCUCUCACCAGUUUCCACCCACACGGGAAACAGCAGAGCGUCAAAGACGUGCUGAAGGACGACCUGCACUACAAGAUCAGCUACUACAAGUCUGGGAACACUGGAAAGAGAGACAUCAUAUCCAAGUCCAACCGGGCUGAGGUAUCCGGGUUAGAUGCCGGACAAAGUUAUUGCUUCAUGGUGGCGGCCUUCAUCCCGUCCAGAGCCCCCGCCUACCGCCAGGGAGCUUGGAGCAUGCAGCAGUGCACGCCUGGCCAGACCAACAUCCUGCAAGAGUUGAGUCUGGGUGCCCUGGUGGGCGGCCUGUUGGUCAUCCUGCUGGUGCUGGUGGUCAUCAUCACGGUGAGCGUGCUGUGCUGCCGGCGGAGGAGGAGGAGGAGGAGGAGGACGCCCCCCGAGCAAAACUACCAAACCUCCACCGUGGUCUGAUUGAUGCGCCGCCACGGCCCCAUGUCGCAUCACGGCCACCACCCCCCCUCCUCGCCUCAGAGUCACUCUGAUUUUGGAGCUGGUCUUCACUUCUCUGACUAAGGGCUUUGUGCUACAAUAUUUGGAGUAAAACUACUAGCAGUAGUAAUAUCUGCAUUCAUGACACCAAACACUGAAGUAACUGUUUAUAAAGUAGAACACUUUGUAUCGAAGUACUGGCCCCACACUCACAGAUGUAUAUUGAAUGUAGUAUGCAAAAAACAUGCGGGCUAUUUCAUCCCUACAAGCCUGUUUCGCAGGUUUUUCUAUAAAAUCCCCCGAAGAACAGGAAAAACCUACGAAACAGGCUGGUGAUUUUUGUAUAAAAUCCCCCCCGGAAGAGCAGGGAAACCUGCAAAACAGGCUUGCAGGGAUGAAAUAGCCUCCGUGUCAGGAAAAAACACGGAGGCUAUUUCAUCCCUACAAGUUUAUAUCGCAGGUUUUCUAUAAAAUACCCCGAAGAGCAGGAAAAACCUGCGAAACAGGCUGGUGAUUUUUGUACAAAAUCCCCCCCGGAAGAGCAGGGAAACCUGCGAAACAGGCUUGCAGGGAUUAAAUAGCCUCCGUGUCAGGAAAAAACAUGGAGGCUAUUUCUUCCCUACAAGCCUGUUUCGCGGGUUUCCCUACUCUUUGGGGGAUUAUAUUUAAAAAAGCCCUGCAAAACAGGCUUGUGAUUCUAAUAAAAUCCCCCAAAGAACAGAGAAACCUGUGAAACAGUCUUGCGGGGAUGAAAUAGCCUCCGUGUCAGGAAAAAACAAGGAGGCUAUUUCAUCCCUACAAGCCUGUUUUUCGGUUUUCCUGCUCUUCAGUGGAUUUUGUAUACAAACCUGCAAAACAGACAUGUGAUUUUAUAUAAAAUCCCCCCCACCCGAAGAGCAGGGAAACCUGCAAAACAGGCUUGCAGAGAUGAAAUAGCCUAGGUGUCAGGAGAAAAACACAGAGGCUAUUUCAUCCCUACAAGCCUGUUUCGCAGGUUUUUGUAUAACAUCCCCCAUAGAGCAGGGAAAUCUGUGAAACAGGCUUGUAGGGAUGAAAUAGCCUCCUGACUUAAAGUAUGUAUAUAUAUAUAUAUAUAUAUAUAUAUAGGCUUGCAGGGAUGAAAUAACCUCUUGACUUAAUGUAUAUGUAUAUAUGUAUAUAUUUAACCUGUUUCGCAUGUUUUCCUGUUCUUCAGGGGAUUUUAUAAAAAAUCCUGCGAAACAGGUUUGUGAUUUUAUAAAAAUCUUUAUUUUUCUAAACCCCCCGAAGAGCAGGGAAACCUGUGAAACAGGCUUGCAGGGAUUAAAUAGCCUGCAUGUUUUUUCCUGACCCAACACACACUAACUUUGAAUGAGUAUAUAUAUAUAUAUAUAUAUAUAUAUAUAUAUAUAUAUAUAUAUAUAUAUAUUCAUUCAAAGUUAGUAACACCUAGUGGCAGUUUUUUGGAAUUACAACCCCACAUUUAUUUUUAAUCAUUCUUGUACUUGGAUUUUUAUUUUCUUUAUGUUGUUUAAAAAAAAGGAGCUGGUCUUCUUUGUGUGUACAUGUCUGUGUACUACUUUGUUCCCCCCUAUUGUUUUCCUGAAAAGUACUUGGAAUAUCUCUGCACUAAACAAUGUUGUACUCCAUAAGGUGGUGUUUUGCAUAACAGUCCACAUCAAGUAUCAUGAGCACUGGCGACCUCCAGUGGUAGUUUGCUGGAAAUACAGCCAUGAACUCAUCUCAAUCCCAGCCCAGUUUUCUUGUCUUCUAACUAAAUUGUAAAUAUUUCUUCUCUGAAGAUCAGAAUCAAUAAAACUUUGUCCUAAAACUUG